AUGAUUGUCCUUCAGAACGCCUUUGAAUCCAAGCUUCUGUCUGCCUGUGCUACCUCCAGCUUCCUCACUUGUGCUGUUUGCGAGGCGGCAGGCCACAAGCCCCUGAGGCCUGACAUGCUGAUUGCCAGAAAUCCGCUCGUCGGCGCCGCGGACGAGGAUAGCACUGAAUCAGCCGAACAUUGCCCACGCAUCCCAGGCGUCUGGAGUCUAAAGCUAGCAGGGCACCAGGGUGAGGUCACUGGUGUGCGACGGCUUCUGGACAACAGCCGAUUAUUGCAGAGCGGCUGCAAUGUCGGACACUUGAUCGGAAGCUUCGAGCACUUCGAAGAACUUGGCAAAAGGCUUGGACUUGCAGACACGUCAAAUCCCAAAUAUACCAUGUGCCUCAUUGGAAUGUUGUUGAUGAUCUCCUCGUGCUCUCAACAUCGCUAA